GGGGAUUAAUUACUUUUUCUUUCCAGUUUCUUGGAUAUUGUCAUUUUUUCAUAUGUACUAACUACUCAGUCUUCCACCCAUUCUUUCCUCCGUAUUUUUCAGUUAAGUCGUGUUCACCUAGAAUCGCUCAUUUUUCCCUUUAAUACAUUCUUUUAUUCGUUUUUUUAACAAAAAGGACGUUGUUCUUUUCAUAUUCAUGAAGUUAAAGACAUAGACAGUUACAAUGCUGCAAUCGUUGAGUAGAUAGAGAUGUCGAAUUCGUCAAAGGGAUAUUCUCCCCACAUGUCGUUACCAUCUUUACCUACGACUCCUACGCCCUCCUCGAGAAGGACGAUUGGUCCUAGAGCUCCAAAAUCUACUCCAAUUCCUCCCUUCCAUAGUUUGCCUUCUCCAAGCGUACCAACUCCUCCGACAUUCUCACAUCCUACAUCUCAUCCAAAAUCGUCAACCUCCUUACACGAGCUACCAGAAAAAAGAGAAGAAAAUCUCACUGCUCCUACUCGUUUACCCCAUCUCAACUCUCCCUUUUCUAUCCUUCAUGACAAGGAGUUAAUUUCUUCUUCAGCCUCUGACAAUCAUCUAACCACAAAUGAUGAAGAGAAAGCCAAUUUGUUGAAUCCUCCAGAAGCACAGAGCUCUUCUCAGCUUUUGAAAACACCCGAAAAUUCAGCCAAUCUUCCCCCUUUACCUGACCAGGUACCACUCUCUGCAAAUUCAUCAUCUUCUUCCUUGAAUAAGUCAACAUCUACAAAACAUUUACGUGGGCCUCGUCAACCUUUUUCUUCUAAAGGCCUCCCAACACCUGAGCAACUUCCUCCAAUCCCACAUUCUUCUGAGUCUUUGCCUACUCCUCCCACCCAUGUCGACUCAUCAAAACCAAAAAGAAAGAAGAAGUAUUCAUUGCCUCCUGUUGUUGAAGUUCCUGAAAUAACUAACGAACUUUCACCCAAAUAUUCCAAUGAUACUAGUGGACAGGUGUACCGCUUGCGAACUGUUCGGUCAGGUAGCCCAAACUCAACAUCUUCAAUUCAGUUUGAAAUUCCUAGUACCCGUCCUCCAUCUUUAGACCAACUGUUGCACUUAUUUAAUGAUUUUUUAAGACAUCCUAUGUUUGAUUUCGAUGAUCAUGCUAUUGCAUUACUACAAACUUGUACUCCAGAUGAGAAGUGGAAUUUUAUUAGAGCAAACUUUUCUGGGUUUGAUGAUCCCUCCUUUCAAAUUCCGGAAUUAGCUGCUGUGCAUCGCCCUGUUUCAUGGUUUGUCCUUCAAUUAUGGAAUAAAACAAUAAGUAAUUUACAAUUAAUUACGCUCUCAUCUUUGUUGACAACGCAGUCGAACAGAUGGGUGUCUUUAUUUUUAGAGCUGCAAGGUCUUCGUGCUAUUCAUAAUCUUCUUACUUAUUUUAAUUCUUCUACUGUGGUGCAAUCUCAGCAGGCUGAGCUGUUACGAUGCGUUUUUCAGCUAAUGAGGAAACGAGCAACCCUUGCAACCUCGGAUUCCUAUAUUUUUUCUUCCGUUACCCAGGCGUUAGGGUCGACUAACUUACUUCCUAGAAAAGUUACAGCUGAUAUUUUAUCAUGGGCUUGUGAUUUAAAGGAGUCAUCUGUUAUUCUCACAAUUGAAGAUGGAUUGAAAAACCUAAAUCCUUCAGACUUAAAGAAUCCUCCCUUAUGCUAUGGUUUUGUAACAAUUUUCAAGGUUACUGUUAUUGAGAAGGAAAUAUCUCGUACACCUCCGUCUUCUCCCAGUAAAAUCGCAAUAACCAGCUCUCCUUCAAAUAUAGCAUUUUUAGAAUAUUGUACCUCAACGAUGGAUUUCAUAAACCACUAUGUUUCUGUUUAUGAUGAUCUAUCCUCUUCUGAAUUUGACGUCCUUGAGUGUCUUCAGGACUCAGGUAUUCAUGAAGUAAUCCAGCAUUUACGGAAUUUUCCUGAUAAACAACUCGAACGCCAGCUUAACAUAUAUGAAAGUGAAGAAGAAAGAAGAGCCGAGUUGCUAACUCCACUAGAAGAUGGUGAUUCUUUUCUUUCGCAUGAAUCUUCCAUUCUCAGUAACAUAAACGAAGUAGCUAAUAAUGAACUGGGCUCAUUACUAGAAUCAACUAUUCAGUCCAUACUGCUUACGAAAGCCAAUGAAAAACAAAAGCUAAAGCUUGUAAAGAUAUUCAACUCGCUUCUGCAAAAGUUUUUACUUAAUUCGAAGAUCUCUGAUGUUAGUUUUGAAGAAAGCUUGCAAGUUGCGAUAAAUUCUCUUACGAACAGGCUAUAUUCCGACGAAACAGCACGAAAUGCCCUUCAAGAAGCAAAAGCUUCUCGUGCUAUGGCGGAGAAAAUGGUAAUUGAGAGAGAUGCUAUGGCUGCACAAGUUAAUUUAGGUGUCGAAGACUUAAUCGAGAAAUUGAAAAGUGAGCUGAAUGACCAAAACGAUGUUAUACUCUCUCAAAAGCGAAGCAAUGAAACGUUGAGAAAAGAAGUUGAGGAUUUACAAAAGUCGCAUCUUGCCCAAAUUCAACGAAGUGAACUAGAAUUGCGAGAACUUUAUCUUUUAUUUAAUCAUGAAUCAAACAAACUAUAUCCCGGUAUAGGAAGAAACAAAAUUGUCGAAUAUUUAGAUGAUAAAUUGGAGCUUCGAAAGAAGGAAAUUACGGCUGAGUCUGUUUUUUGGUCUUCUGAUGGCAUCAGUGAAAAGUUAAAAAGCUUACGCGAGCAGAUGAAUAAUUUAAGCACUCAAGAUAAUUCUACUGGAUCAUCUAUCUUGCAAAUUCCUGAUAAAGACUUUGUUCGCCCUUUUCCUCGUGCUAAAGUACCUCGUAAUAGGUCAAUGGCUAACAGACGCUCAGCGUCUGAAAGCUUUUCUCGUUUCCUUGUUCAUGAAAAUAUACAAGCUGAAAAAAUAAAUAGUCCUUCAUCAUUGAAUGGUAUAUCUCACUUGAAUGAUACUGAAACGACAUACAAGAAGUCCAAGGGAAUUUCUGAUUCAAUGCCCAAGGUUCCCUUAGACAGUGACUCAACCUUGUAUGUUUCCGAAAAUGAACAGUUAGAGGAGAAAAAACGAGAGAACUUAAAUAAUGAGAAUAAUUUAUCGAAAGCCCCUAUGCCAAAGCCUUUAUUAGCUGCACCACCGCCCCCACCACCUUUGCCUAUGAAAACCUCUAUGGAUUCAUUUCUGCCACCUCCUAUUUCGGAAACUAUUCAACAUACAGCACCUCCUGUCCCUGGCUUACCUCCUCCUCCUCCACCUCCUCCCCCUGUACUAAGCUGUUCAGGUGCCAAAUUUUUGAAUACCCAUGAACAUAAUGAAGCUAGUAAAGCACUUGACUUGAAUGAAAUUAAUGGUAUGGAACGACCAAAACGUCGUUUGAAACAAAUGCAUUGGGAAAAGUUAGAUUCAGGCUUAGAAUAUACAUUCUGGUCGGCUACUUCUUCUCAGUCAAAUUCCUUGUACGAAAAGCUUAAGAACGCCAAUAUUUUUGAACAGAUCGAAGAAAACUUUGCUAUGAAAGAAGCAAAGCCUCUGCAGAAGAAAGGAACUCAAAGGACAGAAUAUAUGUCUAGUGACCUUCAAAAGCUUUUCGGAAUACAUUUUCACAAACUGUCACAUAAAAACCCAGAUGAAAUUAUUCGAAUGGUUUUACACUGUGAUGAGAGCGUCGCGGAAGCUACUGAGUUUUUAGGUAGCGAGAAAAUUCUGAACCAGACUAAGCUCAAGGCUGAUCUUGAACCAUACCGUAUCGACUGGACAAAUGGGGGCGAACCUGUAAACGCUGAAAAAGACUCUUCUGAACUGAGUCGCUGGGAUUAUUUAUAUUUAAGGCUCAUAGUUGACCUUCAGAACUACUGGGGAAAAAGAGUAAAUGCUCUCAAAAUUAAGUAUACCAUUGAUACUAAUUACGAAACACUUGUUCGUCAAGCAAAGCUAAUUGGAAGAGCAGCGUUAAUCCUUCGUGAUAAUGAUAUGUUUAAAUGCUUAAUGCGAUUAAUCCUCUGCCUUGGUAAUUAUAUGAAUGACUAUGUUCGUCAAGCACGAGGAUUUUCUCUUAGUUCACUUCAACGACUUCCAUUAAUAAAAAAUUCGACCAAUACAAAGAGUUUAUUACAAGUCCUUGAAAUCAUUGUUCGCAAGAAUUUCCCUACAAUGGAAGAAUUUCUUACAGACUUUUCCGUUGUGACAGAAGCUGCAAAGCUGAACAUCGAAACAGUUGAACAAGAGUGUACAGAGCUUAUACGUGGUUGUCAGAAUUUACAACUUGAUUGUGACUCCGGCGUUCUUUCUGACCCUACGUCUUUCCAUCCUGAUGACAAGAUAUUGACAGUAAUUAUUCCUUGGCUUAACGAAGGAGCGAAAAAAAUGGAUUUUCUAAAGGAGCACUUGAGAACAAUGAACACGACUUUGAAUAAUGCCAUGAGGUAUUUUGCUGAACAACCUAGUGAUUUAAAUGCUCGAAAUGUCUUUUUUAAGAAAAUCAGCUCUUUUAUUGCCGACUAUAAGAGAGCUAAAGCCGAAAACAUGAAGGCAGAAGAACAAAGCUCAUUAAAGGAAAAUGUUUAUAUUAAAAAAGGAAAAUCAAAGGUAUUGGAACUUGCUCUUUCGGAAAAAGAUGCUAAUGAAAAUCGGGAAAUGGAUACUUUUUUGAAUAGAUUACGGGACAUCAAGCUUGACGGACAUAAUCGACCUCAUCGCCGUUUGCCUAUGAAUGAUAACAAGGAGAAUCCUAAGGCUUCGAUUGUGAGAAGUUCUCAUGAAAACCAGCUCUCUGUCCCUAAACGAGAUUCACAGAACAUCGAAUCAAACACCACGUCACCAAGGCUUCCGAAAACUUGGGUAAAGAACAUGGAAAGGGAUCGGAGAAUUAAAUCUCAGGGUCAGAAUAAACGGUCUGAACAUCAUACUAAGAAAAAAAGUAAAUUGUCUAGAAGGAUUGUCUCUGAUACCAGUGUUAUAAGAGAAAAAGACUCGGCUGGUAAAGAAAACUUUACUCAACUAAGAAAUCCAACAAAAUCCACAACUGCUACGAAGGCAGGUAAGGAUAUUGGCAAUCGAAGGAGAAAGUCUAGCAGAAAGCUUACGAGCGUUAAUAAGGAAAAGAAUGUUUCCUCUGAGCCAGCUAAGUUCAUGGAAAAUAAGCCGAUAAGAGAAAGAUUAGUCGAUAAGGAAAAUGAGGGUAAUGAAUACAAGCAGUCCGCAAACGAUCGUAUUACUCCUACUAAUAUCGGUAAUUCUGAUUUUCUUAGGAGGUUGUCUGGAAGUUCAAACGGUGCCGAAACAGCUUCUGCCCUUCAAAAGCACCAGAGUAGCUUUACUGAAUACGGUACCACUUCCUUUAGCACUCCAGAGAAGGGUAAACAAGGAGACAUUAACACUAUAUUACGCCGAAGCAGUAGUCGUGGAAGCGCUCGCCGUCGUCUAUUGGAUCAAAUGAAUAGCCCGUUAGCCCAUAAAAGCUUAAACGAAAAUAAUUUAAGUGAUAUAGGAUUUCAGACACCUAGCAAGUCUAGCUACACGGAAAGAUUAGAGAGGUUAAAGUCCGAGUCGGUUCAGACUCCAAAUCAACUUCGUAAUAUAGAAAGUACAAGGUUUGAACUCCCAUCAUCUUCAUCUACUCUUUCGCCUGUGCAUGUUUCUCCCAGCCCAAAUAAGUCAAUACGAGCCCAAGAAAUGCUUGCUGGUCUUUUGACUGGAAAGCUAGCUUCUAGAGAGAAUCUUAUUGACGGAAAGUGAAAACGCCAAAUUUUUUUGUGGAUGGAUGAUUCACUGGUUGAUAAUGAUUGAUGUAUUUCUGUAUAUUUUUGAUAUCUAUUUUUUGUUCUUCUGAGGAUUUCCUUUUUAUUUUUGCAUAUCUAUUAAUGAGCACAUUUGUAUAUACCCUUUUCUGUUUCUUUUGAAUUUACGGUUUGUGUACUUGAAAGCGACCUAUUAUCUGAAGGUAUUCAAGCCAAGAGUCAUACAACAAACAGUACAUGUGAUGAUUAUUGCAGUAUUUUUGCUUGCAUGUUCCAUUUAAACUCGGAUUACAUUUAAUCAAAGGCUACGAAUUUUAGCUAAGAAUAAUUUAUGUCCUGCCUCUUUAGGAAUCCUCAUAAAUUGUAUAACUAUUAUUUUUUUUGCAUAGAAAAGCAUAGAAAUGAAGAACUUCUCAUUUUAAUUUCAGUAUACAAUCAACUACAAUUUCUACCGUCCUAAAGCUGCUACAUCGACAACACCUUUCGAAUACACAAUCAGAAUGGACUGAAGCUUUGUAGUAGUAGCAUGGAAUAUUUGGAGAAUAAACGAUUGUACAUAUCUCUUUUACUUCAUUUAUACUUUACUUAUUUUUUUAAUUUAAUUUUUAAAUUGAUAUACAUGAUGAUCGAUCGC